AUGUACAAUUACAUACCUGCAUCCGCACGCAUGCAGAUCUCCAUUCCUACCCUGCCACACCCAAUACCUUUACCUUCUGCCUCCCACGCAUUCGUUGACAUUCCAUUCAAUCUCUUUCUUUUUUUCUUACGAUUUUUCUCUUGCACUCUCUCUCUAUGCUUUCUAACUCUUGACCCCCACCCCCCACUCCUCGACAUGAAGCCGUCUCUUUUAUCUCUUUUAGUUUUUCCUCCAGCAUCCCUCUUCGCAGAAUCACCCCAUCAUGAUUUCUUUCUUUUUUCUUUCUUUUUUCUUUCUUUUUUCUUUUCUUUUCUUUUUCUCCCUUUUAUUUUUCUCUUUUCCUUUCUUUCUGUUUUCCUUUCUCUCUCUUUUCCAUUUUCUCUCUUUUCCUUUCUUUCUCUUUUAUUUCUCUCUUUUCCUUUCUCUCUUUUUUCCUUUCUCUUUUCCAUCCUCUCUCUCAUUCAUUUUUUUCUGUUUUCUCUUCUCACUCCUGUUCUUUGUCCCUCUUUUCCAUUCUUUCCAUUUUCCUUUCUCUCUCUUUCCUUUUCUUUCUUUUCCUUUCUCUCUCUUUUCCUUUCUCUUUCUAUUCCUUUCUCCCUCUUUUCCUUUCUCUCCUUUCCAUUCUCUCUCUUUUCCAUUCUUUCUGUUUUCCUUUCUCUCUCUCCUUUCCAUUCUCUCUCUUUUCCAUUCUUUCUUUUUCCUUUCUCUCUUUUUUUCCAUUCUUUCUUUUUCCUUUCUCUCUCUCCUUCCCAUUCUCUCUCUUUUCCAUUCUUUCUGUUUUCCUUUCUCUCUCUUUUCCAUUCUUUCUUUUUCCUUUCUCUCUCCUUUCCAUUCUCUCUCUUUUCCAUUCUUUCUUUUUUCUUUCUCUCUCUCCUUUCCAUUCUCUCUCUUUUCUAUUCUUUCUGUUUUCCUUUCUCUCUCUUUUCCAUUCUUUCUUUUUCCUUUCUCUCUCCCCUUUCCAUUCUAUCUCUUUUCCUUUCUCACUCUUUUAUUUCUCGCUUUUCUUUUUUCUCUUUUCCUUUCUCUAUAUUUUCCAUUCUUUCUGUUUUCUUUUCCUGCUCUUUUCCCGUCUCUUUCUUUCUUUCUUUCUUUCUUUCUUUCUUUCUUUCUUUUGCCAUUUCUUCUUUAUAUCUUUACAUUCUUCAUCCAACAAUUUAUCUUUUACAUAAUAUUUCUCUCCUUUUUCUCUGUUUCCUUUUUUUGCUCUCUCUCCCUCGACUCUCAACUGCCAGUAUUCUCAUUGUUGGAAACGGUAAUCAAGGGUAA